AUGGCCGAUUCAGCACCCCUCGUCCAGGACAACUUCUUCGCCGACCCUUCCGGCCGCGUCUUCAACAACAAACUAUACAUAUAUCCUUCCCACGAUCGCCGCACCACCAUCCCAGACGACGACAAUGGCAGCCAAUACGACAUGGCCGACUACCACGUCCUCUCCAUGGACGACAUAGGCGGCAAAGUAACAGUCCACGGCAAAGCUUUCGGUCUCGAAGACGUCCCCUGGGCUUCGAAGCAACUUUGGGCACCCGAUUGUGGCUACAAGAACGGAAAGUACUACUUCUACUUCCCAGCUAGGGACAAAGAGGGUAUCUUCCGGAUUGGCGUUGCUGUGAGUGACACGCCUGAAGGACCAUUCAAACCGGAGGCGGAACCUAUUGCUGGAAGCUAUAGUAUUGAUCCUGCUGUGCUUGUUGAUGAUGAUAGCGAGGCGUAUUUGUAUUUUGGCGGUAUUUGGGGUGGUCAACUUCAGUGUUGGCGAACGGGCGAAUUUGAUGGCAAUGCCUAUCAAACUAUGGAGGCUGCCGGAGAUGAAGCAGCCCUCACGCCUCGAGUGGCGACACUAAGCGAUGACAUGAAGUCCUUCAACGGAGGCGUUCACGAGCUUGUGAUCAAUGACCGCGAUGGGAAGCCGAUCCACUCCAGCGACCACGACAGACGCUUCUUCGAGGCUGCUUGGAUGCACAAGGGACCGAAUGGCAGGUACUAUUUCAGCUAUAGCACAGGCGAUACUCACUACAUUGUCUACGCAGUAGGGGAUUCACCCAUUGGGCCUUUCACCUAUGCCGGUCGGAUCCUGGAGCCGGUACAGGGCUGGACUACGCAUCAUUCGAUUGUUGAGUUCAAGGGCAAGACGUAUCUUUGCUAUCAUGAUACUUCGAUAUCUGGGCAUAAUCAUUUGCGGUCUGCGAAGAUUCGGGAGCUUGUGUAUGAUGAGGAGGGGCGGUUGAGGUUGGCUCAUCCUCAGGAAUGA